GGCCACCAUCACUAAAGAAAACACGAGAACCGAAACAAUGCAAACAGGACUCAUACAAAACGCACAUAACGAUCUCGUUACAGAUGCAGCCUACGAUUUCUAUGGGCUUCGCCUCGCCACAUGCAGUGUUGAUCAGAGAAUAAAAAUAUGGCAACUCGACGAGCAGAAUGGAAUCUGGAAUGUCACUAGUGACUGGAAGGCUCACGACGCAGCGGUGUCAAGGGUUAGCUGGGCUCACCCUGAAUUCGGGUCCGUCAUAGCCUCUGGGUCGUUUGAUCGCUCAGUAAAAGUCUGGGAAGAGACGACCCCCGACAUCGACCAGCCACAACUCAAUGGCAAUGCGCCUUCCUCAGCCUCAGAUUCACGUUGGGUAGAACGCGCCGUGAAUACUGAUGCCAAGGGAAGUGUUCGAGGGGUUGAGUUUGCUCCACAUCAUUUUGGUCUCAAGCUCUCUACGAUAUCUUCUGACAAUCACAUUCGCGUCUACGAAUGUCUAGAAGCGCCAUCAUUGACCAACUGGCAGCUGAUCGAAGAAGUUGAUGUUCUCUCCAUCCCCUCCAUAGAGGCAGAUGGGGGUUGGUCCAUUUCUUGGUGCAAGGAGAGAUAUUGGGGCGAAAUCAUCGCAACCAGCUGUGGGACCAACGGGAUCGUCAAAGUACUUUUUCCGGCUACCUUCUCAACAUUCCCCUUAUCAUCCAGCCCCUCUGCUAUCACGUCUGUGGCCUGGGCACCUUGCUGUGGUCGAUCGUAUCAUCUCGUUGCCACAGGUGGACGCGACGGACAUGUACGGAUAUGGCGUCUGAAACCUCCUGCUUCAAACGACGAGCGAGCAGAAGCCGACGAAACACGGUGGACUUGCAGCAUCGUGGCUGAUUUCGAUCAUCACAAGUCUACCGUAGGCCGCGUCGAGUGGAAUAUCACAGGAACCAUCCUAUCCUCAGCAGGCAAUGACGGUCGAAUCCGACUCUGGAAAGCCACAACUGGCAAUGUAUGGCGGCCGGCGGGAAAUAUCACUGUAGAACAAGCAGAGGAACAACCUGGAGGCGAUGUGGAAAUGGAUGACAACGGACUGAUAGAUUGAUUGGAACUCAAAUGGCUUCUUUAACUUUGCAUUGGAGCCAUAAUUUCACCAACAGCCCUCUUCAGGCUGCGACUAGUGCAAACUCC